UCUACUGUUCUGCGCACAUUCUCUAACACUCUUGUUAUCUGUUUUGUGGCAACACUUCACGGAAACAUGGUUUUUCUUGUUCUUAUUGCCAUUUUCGGCCUUGCUAAAGUGAGUUUUAGUUCCAGCAUCAAGGGUUCUUCGGAGAGCAACAAACCAACAUUGGCUAAUCUACUCCAGGCCUUGGAAACGAGCCAAAAGAUUUGGAUGAAGGUGCAUAAUUACCCUGUAGAGGCGGUGUCAUGUGUUUAUUAUGGAAAAAUCUCAUUAAAGGAUAAUGUGUACGAUUUCAAUGAAUGGUACACAAAGGGAGACCGAAUGUGGUCGCCCCAAAGAUCGGCGUAUUUCCUGAGGGCCACGCUCUCAGAAGGAACUGUAGGACCUGUGAUGUUGGUUAAAUUCCGAGCCUCCAAAGCUAAAGGGACCCCAUACACGUUUCGGUUUUCGAACCUGGAUGAAAAGUGCGGCAUCUUUACGUACCCACCAGAUCACCGGUGCGAACAGAUUGUUUGGGGCUCAGUUGUACGAGAAAACGCAACAUCUUGCAACGAAGCAUACAAGACAAUUUGUGGAAAUAACCGCUACAAUGAAUACAAAAACGAUUGCGGAAUUUAGUAGGCUGACUGUAUUUUCUGGAGCUGGUAUGAAGAUUCUUCACUGAUUAUAAGCAAGUGAAAAAAUAAAAGCAGA